AUGGGCUGCUGUCUAACACUACUACUCUUAAUUUUUAUUCUUGUUGUAUCAACAAUUAGUUAUACAAAAACGAUUGAUUACAACAUUCGGGGAACUAUUGAGCCUGGCUGGGAAUUUAUCUAUGAUCUUUUUCAAGAUAAUUUCGUUGAACAUCGAGAUAUAGGAGCAUCAGUAGCAGUGUAUCAUCAAGGUGAAUUAGUAGUUGGCCUAUCAGGUGGAUGGUUUGAUCAAUCACAAACAAAACCGUAUGAUGAGAAUACAUUACAAUUAGUGUUUUCAACAACAAAAGGAGUUGUUGCUGCAGCUGUGGCACUUGCUGUUCAACGUGGUCUACUUAAUUAUUCAGCAUUAGUCACUGACUAUUGGCCUGAAUACGGACAAAAUGGAAAAGAGAAUACAACUGUAAGUGAUAUUCUUUCUCAUCGUGCUGGACUACCAGAUAUUACUGUGCCACUUGAAGAAUAUCUUAAUUGGACAGCAAUAAUACACACAUUGGAACAAAAAUCACCUUCUUGGGCGCCUGGAUCAGCUCAUAGUUAUCAUUCGCUAACAUAUGGUUGGCUUGCUGGUGAACUUAUUCGACGUGUUGAUUCAAAGAAACGAUCAUUGGGGCAGUUUGUUCAAGAUGAAAUUUCAACUCUAUCAAAUCUUGAAUUUUAUAUUGGUUUACCAUCAACUGAAGAAUAUCGCGUGUCACCACAUGAAUUUAGUCAACUAUCUCAAUAUCUCAAUGAUGAAUCAUUAAAUACUGUUUUCGAUUACUUCAAUGAUGCUCGUUUACAUCAAGCAGAAGUACCAGGUGGAAAUGGAAUAUCAAAUGCUUGGUCAAUAGCACGACUUUAUUCAUUAUUGAUUGGUGAUGUUGAUAAUGGAAAAUAUAAACGAAUAUUAAAUGAAGAUAUUCUGAAAUUAGCGACGAAAUUGAAUACACCAGAUGGAGAAUUGGAUCUACUUUUACAAACACAGUCAUCAUUUGGAAUGGGUUUUAUGCUUUUUGAUAAAACAUAUCCUGAAUUAGGACCAGGGAGUUUUGGUCAUCUAGGAGCAGGUGGAAGUGUUGGUUUGGCUGCACCAUUAUACAACUUCUCCUUUGCUUAUGUUAUGAAUCGAAUGGUAGGAACAGUAUUAGAUGCUAAUAAACGUUUUGAACCAAUGCUUACAAAAAUUGUUGAUAUUCUCAAUAAAUAA